AUGAGUGAUCCGGCUGGCGAUGAAAAGCCCGCUUUCUCCGAAAGCCGGGACCAGGCCGCGGGCGACGCGGACUCCCCGCAGUCCCGGAGACCCCGAAAGGAAGCCGACGUGGCCGGAGUUCCCCUGGAGACCACCGCCGGUCCUUCCGACUGUGGGUUUGCCCUCCUCUUUCACGUGCCCAUUAUUCACAACCCGGCUCCGACCAAACCUGUGCAGGAGAAGGCUCCGUCCGUCCUUCGGAAAGUGACCUUCGCCUCCCCGCCGUCUGACUGCAGUCCCAAGAAUGGCUGCUUAAUUAUGGCCAACCCACAAAUGCAGCAGUUGAUACAGAGAAAUCCAGAAAUUAGUCACAUGCUGAAUAAUCCAGAUAUAAUGAGACAAACACUGGAACUUGCCAGGAAUCCCGCAAUGAUGCAGGAAAUGAUGCGAAACCAGGAUCGAGCUUUGAGCAAUCUAGAAAGCAUCUCCGGGGGAUACAAUGCUUUACGAUGUAUGUACACUGAUAUCCAAGAACCAGUGGUCAGUGCUGCACAGGAGCAGUUUGGUGGUAACCCAUUUGCUUCCUUAGUGAGCAAUACCACCUCUGGUGUAGGAAGUCAACCUUCUCGUACUGAAAAUAGAGAUCCAUUACCCAAUCCAUGGGCUCCACAGGCUUUCCAGACUUCAUCAGCUUCCAGCGGCACAGCUAGCACUGUGGGUAGCAUUGGUGGUAGUUCUAACAGUGGCACAACUGGGCAGAGUACUGCUGCACCCAAUUUGGGCUCUGGAGUAGGAGCUAGUAUGUUCAACACAAUGCUUCAGGCACUUGCAGGAGUAAAUCCUCAGCUGCAGAAUCCAGAAGUAAGAUUUCAACAACAACUGGAACAGCUCAGUGCAAUGGGAUUUUUGAACCGUGAAGCAAACUUGCAAGCCCUCAUAGCAACAGGAGGUGAUAUCAAUGCAGCCAUUGAAAGGUUACUCGGUUCGCAGCCUUCAUAG